UUUCAUUCAUUCGUUAUCUAUGUUUUUGUUGAUGUGACGUUUAUAGAAAUUGUUUGGCGCUAAUAUUAUUUAUUAAUUAUAUACUUAUAUUUCAUGUAAAAUUUCUAUGUGAUCUACAAAAAUGCCAGCGUUUCUAAAAUAUAUUGAUAUGGAAAAUUUCAAGUCCUAUCGCGGUCAUCACCGGAUAGGUCCUCUGAAGUCUUUCACUGCCGUUGUUGGCCCCAAUGGUUCAGGCAAAUCAAAUUUUAUGGAUGCAGUAAGUUUUGUGAUGGGUGAAAAAACGUCUCUGCUACGUGUGAAGCGUCUUAGUGAUCUAAUCCAUGGUGCAUCCAUCAACAAACCUGUCUCUAGAAGUGCUUCAGUGACAGCUACUUUUGUGCUUGAGGAUAUGACAGAGAAGCAGUUUCAGAGGUCUGUUAUUGGACAGUCAUCAGAGCACAAAAUCGAUGGACAUUCUGUGUCAGUGUCGAAUUACCUGGCGGAGCUGGAGAAGCUGGGCAUUAAUGUGAAGGCGAAGAACUUCCUGGUAUUCCAGGGUGCCGUUGAGAGUAUUGCCAUGAAGAACCCCAAAGAGAGGACCACACUCUUUGAAGAGAUUAGUGGAUCUGGUGUACUCAAAGAACAGUAUGAGGCUUGUCGUGCAGAAGUAAAUCGUGCGGAUGAAGAAGCUCAGUUCUCAUAUCAGAAAAAGAAGGGUGUAGCUGCCGAGCGGAAGGAGGCUAAGUUUGAGAAAGAGGAAGCUGAGAAGUAUACCAGACUGAAGGAAGAACUGGCUGAGCAAAAAGUGGAACUCCAACUCUUCCACUUGUAUCACAAUGAGAAAGACAUCCAGAACAGUGAGGAGGAACUGCAGCAAAAGCAGUCCGAGCUGGCCAAAGUGGAGAAGAAGAGGCAAAAAGCAGAAGAUGCGCUCAAGGAGAAGAAAAAAGAAGCUGGCACUGUGCAGAGAGAGUUGGCCAAGAUCGAGCAGGAUAUUAGAGAUGUGGAAGCUGAGAUAUCGAAGAAGCGUCCAACUUUCAUCAAGGCGAAGGAGCGUGUGACCCACUCGCAGAAGAAGCUGGAGAGCGCUAUCAAGACCCUCGAGCAGGCGCGUAAGGCCCAUGAGGCACAUCAGGCCGACAUCAAGAAGUUGGAGGACGAGCUCCGUCAAGUGGAGGAGCAGAAGGCGACCUGGGAGCAGUCUAUACUGGGCACCUCGCACACCGGACGUGCCGAUGUCCAUCUAGAGGAAGCUCAGAUCCGCGAGUACGAGGAGCUGAAGAUGGAGGCGUCGCGGCAGGCGGCGCGCUAUCUGCAGGAGCUGGACUCGGUGAACCGCGAGCAGAAGGCCGACCAGGACCGGCUCGACAACGAGCUGCGCCGCAAGGGGGAGCUCGAGAACAAGCACCGACAGAAGGGUCAUGAGAGAAAUGAAGCCAUGAAGCGAGUGGAGAAACUGAACGAACAUAUCAAGAGCUCGGAGCAGGCGUUGGAAGAACAGAGACGGUUGCGCGCCGAGUUACAGGCGGACGUGGGCGAGUGCCGCGGGCGCGCGGCCGAGCUGCAGGCGCAGCUGGAGGAGGUGGCGGCGCAGCUGGGCGACGCGCGCGUCGACAAGCACGAGGAGGCGCGCCGCCGCAAGAAGCAGGAGAUCGUCGAGAGCUUCAAGCGGGACAUUCCCGGCGUGUACGACCGCAUGAUCAAUAUGUGCCAGCCGACGCACAAGCGGUACAACGUGGCCAUCACGAAAGUGCUAGGCAAGUACAUGGAGGCGAUCGUGGUGGACACGGAGAAGACCGCGCGCCGCUGCAUCCAGGUGCUGAAGGAGCGCAUGCUCGAGCCGGAGACCUUCCUGCCGCUCGACUACAUACAGGCCAAGCCGCUCCGCGAGAGGCUCAGGGACAUCCGCGAGCCGAAGAACGUGAAGCUGCUGUUCGACGUGCUUCGCUUCGAGCCGGCCGCCAUCCACCGCGCCGUGCUCUUCGUCACCAACAACGCGCUCGUCUGCGAGACGCCCGAGGACGCCUCGCGCGUCGCCUACGACCUCGACCGCAGCAAGAACAGUCGAUACGAUGCGCUGGCUCUAGAUGGCACGUUCUAUCAGAAGUCGGGCAUCAUCUCCGGCGGCUCGCUCGACCUGGCGCGGAAAGCGAAGCGCUGGGACGAGAAGCAUCUCUCGCAGCUCAAGUCUAAAAAGGAAAAAUUAACAGAAGAGCUCCGUGAGUCCAUGAAGAAGUCCCGUAAAGAGUCCGAAUUGACGACUGUGGACUCGCAGAUCCGAGGGCUCGAGUCCCGUCUCAAGUACGCCAUCACAGACCGGGACACCACCUUAAAACAAAUCAAAGCCCUGGACGCCGAACUCGCCGAGUUGGAGAGGAAGAUGGAAAUGUUUGGGCCGCAAAUCGAGGAGAUCGAGCGCACGAUACGCGCGCGCGACGCCAAGAUCCAGGAGGUGAAGGAGAACAUGAACAACGUGGAGGACGUCGUGUUCCGCGGCUUCUGUCGGGACAUCGGCGUCGCCAACAUCCGGCAGUACGAGGAGCGCGAGCUGCGCGCGCAGCAGGAGCGCGCCAAGCGGCGGCUGGAGCUGGAGGCGCAGGUGGACCGCAUCGCCUCCAACCUGGAGUUCGAGCGCUCGCGGGACACGCAGAAGAACGUCACGCGCUGGGAGCGCAGCGUGCAGGACGUGGACGACGAGCUGGACGCCGCGCGCCAGGCCGAGGGCAAGCAGCGCCAGGACAUCGACCGCGAGCUGCGCCGCAACGACGCGCUCAAGGCCGACCGCGUCGCCGCGCGCGCGCGCCGCGACCACGCCGACGCGGACGUAGACAAGGCUCGCAAGGAUGUGGCUGCCAUACAGAAGGACAUACAAACAGUGCAAAAGCAGAUAUCGAGUAUCGAGUCGCGCAUCGAGAGCAAGCGGAGCGAGCGGCACAACAUACUCAGGCAGUGCAAGAUCGACGACAUCAACAUCCCGCUGGCGGAGGGCAGCCUGGAGGAGGCGGAGGAGUCGGAGCCGUCGUCGCUGAGCACGGGCGCGCAGGCGCAGCGCGAGGCGCGCGUGCGCGUCGACUACAGCGCCCUCGCCGACGGGCUGCGGGACCUCGACGACCCCGACGACAUCAAGCGCAAGGCCGACAAGCUGCAGAAGGCCAUCAACUCGCUGCAGAACACCGUCGACAAGAUACAGGCGCCCAACAUGAGGGCGAUGCAAAAAUUGAACGAGGUCCGCGAGAAAGUGAGCGCGACCAACGAAGCGUUCGUGGCGGCCAGGAAGCGGGCGCACAAGGCUAAACUGGCGUUUGAAAGGGUGAAAAAGGAGCGUCACGACAAGUUCAUCGAUUGUUUCGACCACGUCGCCAACGAGAUCGACGCUAUUUAUAAGGCGCUGGCGAUGAACCAGUCUGCGCAAGCGUUCCUGGGCCCCGAGAACCCCGAGGAGCCGUACCUGGACGGCAUCAAUUACAACUGCGUGGCGCCCGGCAAGCGCUUCCAGCCCAUGUCCAACCUUUCCGGCGGUGAGAAGACCGUCGCCGCGCUCGCGCUACUCUUCGCCAUACACAGUUACCAGCCGGCGCCGUUUUUCCUGCUGGACGAAAUCGAUGCGGCCCUAGACAACACAAACAUCGGCAAGGUGGCCUCCUAUAUCCGCUCCAAGAAGGGCUCGCUGCAGACCAUCGUGAUCUCGCUGAAGGAGGAGUUUUACGGCUGCGCGGACGCACUCGUCGGCAUAUGUUCCGAGCCCGCGGAUUGUCUCGUCAGUGACGUCAUCACACUCAGCCUCGAGAAAUACGACGACUAGAAUUUUUUUAAAUAUUUAGGCUACUCAUUCCCCCUCGAGAUAACUCUAACAAUGACAUUCUGUAAUACUAAGUGUUAAGUUUAUAAGGACUUGGUGAUAUACAAAAAGUUAUUUCACAAAAUAAUAUCUUCUCGGUAAAAUAAAAGGUUUUAUUUAAAUA